GAACCGCACCUCCUCCGAAGUGAAUGCCUUCGAGCGCCAAGCGAGUGAGGCGCAAGCCAGGUACAAAAAGCUUCUCGAACAGUGGAGUCGAGUUUACGAGGAGCUGCGAGCACACUAUGGAGCCUCUAUCGACCGUGUUAAGCCGUACUUCGAGGCUGCGCAGACGUUUCGAUAUGCCUCUGAACGAGUUCAGGUGGUCGUUCGUGAGUUCUCAGCCGCUGCUUCGCAGCACAGCCAGGCAAAGGCAGAGCUGCGCAACAUUGAAACUCGACUGGCCUACGGGGCGCACAAGGUACGCCUGGAUCGAGACCAGCAAGACGGGCUUUCUCGCGCCACUGUCAGAGUGUUGCGCUGUCGACAGGAGCGUGAUCGAAGAGAGCAGGAGUACGCCGAGAGCUUGCGCGAAUACGAGGAUGCUAAAGCUAUGUUGGAGGACCUCAAACAUAAGCUUGGAGAAGCGCUGAUCAAGCGCUACGAGCCUAUCUUCAGGCAGUUGCAGCAGCACCAGCUGACUUUGUCAGCAGAGCAGCAGCGAAUCGCUAGCUUCUCCGAGAAGGCAGCA